AUGUCAAGUAACGUGGGGUCUUCAGGAGACUUUGGAUCUCUUGGCAUUUCAAGAUGGCUUGUAGAGAGUUUGCGUGCAAUGAAAAUUACUCAACCAACUGCCAUUCAAAAGGCGUGUAUUCCGAAAAUACUAGAGGGAAGAGAUUGCAUUGGAGGUGCAAAGACUGGUUCCGGUAAGACCAUUGCGUUUGCUGGUCCUAUGCUCACGAAAUGGUCUGAAGACCCAAGCGGAAUGUUUGGAGUCGUGUUGACGCCAACAAGAGAGCUUGCAAUGCAGAUUGCAGAACAAUUCACGGCGUUGGGCAGCUCUAUGAAUAUAAGGGUUGCGCUGGUUGUGGGUGGCGAGAGCAUUGUUGAUCAAGCAAUUCAGCUGCAGAAAAAGCCUCAUUUUAUAGUGGCAACGCCAGGCCGUCUCGCGCACCACGUCAUGAAUAGUGGAGACGAUACCGUGGGUGGCCUAAAAAGAGUGAAAUUUCUGGUUUUAGACGAAGCCGACAUUCUGCUCACAGACACGUUUACGGAUGAUCUAACUACUUGUGUAGGCAUAUUGCCGCCAAAGCAAAGUCGGCAAAACCUAUUGUUCACCGCCACGGUAACAGAUCAGGUAAAAAUGUUACAGAGCUCACCUACACCAGAGGGCAAGCCUAAACUUUUUUCGUACGAGGUGGAAAGCAUGGACAAGGUGGCUAUCCCUGCCACUUUAAAGACCACUUACUUACUUGUGCCAGAACAAGUGAAAGAAGCAUAUCUUUACCAAAUUCUUACAAGCAAUUCUUAUAGAGAGGCCAGUGCCAUCAUUUUUGUGAACAGGACUGUAACGGCUGAGAUUUUGAGAAGAACCUUAAAACAAUUGGAUGUACGAGUAGCUUCGCUGCAUUCGCAAAUGCCGCAGCAAGAGAGAACCAACUCGCUGCAUAGGUUUCGCGCAAACGCCGCUCGUGUACUGAUAGCUACCGAUGUGGCGUCAAGAGGUUUGGAUAUUCCAACAGUACAGCUGGUUAUUAACUACGACAUAUCAGCAAACCCUGACACUUUCAUUCAUCGAGCUGGACGUACCGCGCGUGCUGGCAGAUCUGGUGAAUCAAUUUGCUUCGUAGCUCAGCGGGACGUUUCCAGAGUAGAGGCCAUAGAAGACAGGAUCAAUAAGAAGAUGGAUGAGUUCACAGAAGUGCAUGACACUGCAGUUAUUAGAAAGGCCUUGAGCAAGGUCACGGCGGCAAAACGCGAAAGUUUGAUGGCCAUGGAAAAAGAGAGUUUCGGUGAACGUCGUAAACUUCACCAACGGAAGAAUGGUAAAGAAAAAGGUUAUAGACGAGAGUAA